UAUAUUAAGAAAUCGAUCAGAAUUUUAGUACAACAGUUACUUGCAGAGCACGUGAGCUUCUCUGAGAUCGAGAAGAUGAGAAAUUGAGAAUGGCGGUGAUGCAUUUCCAGCGCAAACCCUCGGAAUUGGAGCACUAGUGUUAAGUCUCUUCUUCGCCAUUGCCAUUUCUCAUCUCAGACCUUAGAUUGACGCUUCUUCCUCCGCGAUUUUCAUCCAAAACCUAAUUCUGUGAUUGCAUUUGAGCAGAGCAUAGCAAAUUGAUGGAAGGUUUUCACAGCAACUCGAAAAUGGCGAAACUGCGCAAAGGAAACUUGGAGAAUGUGGACCUCAACUCGCCAUUGUUCAGGUACUUGUGCGCUCAAUCUCAGUGUCAGUCGCCGAUGGACGCCUUGAAGCAGCGUCGUCGCCACCUCUCGCCGCUCUCGCCUGUGGAGAAUCUGAUGGAGAGGUCGCCGCCUUCGAUAGUUUAUAGAACGCCGGUGAGAGGGGUGCAGAGGGAGGAGGUUCUGGUCAUGGACGGUGUUUUGGUCACCGGAGGAGGAAGGAGCUCAAGGUCUGCUUCUGAUCUGUUGUCAUCUUCAUCUUCUUCUGAUUCUUCGGGGAAGAUUCUGUACAAGACCGACCUUUGCAGGUCCUGGGAGGAUUCUGGAAGCUGCCGCUACGCCUCCAAAGGCCAGAUUGCACCAGGAAAAGAAAAGCCACGCCCAACUCGUUUCCCUGUCAAGAACAAAUCUGAGGCACUGAUGUGCAAGUCAUACACUGGCACAGGAUUAUGCACACCCAGCCCAAAGUCUCAUUUUGUCCAUCCGGUCAUGGCCAUUUCUGUUACAGAAGCAGCAUCAGCCACAACACAAGCAGCUUCGUCGACUGCACCCAAAGCCACCAUGAAGACUCCCACUACUACCAUCAGCUUCCUGGACUGGUCACCUCAAGAUGAUGGCAUUGAGGUUGUGUUGCCGUAUUCUUCAACUGGAACACCUCCAUCAAGGGAAGAUAUAAGUUCCUACAUCACUGAUGUUCUUUAUGGUCCCACUACAAGAAGGAUAUUACCAGUGUUUGCUGAAAUUUUCCCAGAGUAGUAUCGAUCCGAUUUGUGUAGAGAAGCCACUUUCGCUUGAGACCAAAGGUAUAAUAUGUACAUUCCUCCUGUUUGUUUCAGAUACAUACUUGGUUCCUUGAAACCUUAAUUUUUCAAACUUGCUGCUCACAAUCUAGUAUGUGAAUGGGGUUAGAUUGAGCACAAAUUGUUGACCUUUGCUGGUGCAGAAUUACCACAGUACUUGCCAACUAUAGUGUAUAGCUUUUCAAUGGUAUUAGGCAUAAUGUCGUACUUAGAAAUUGAUAAAGACAAUGGACUUGAAUCUUUCUGUUGCGUGUUGAGAAUCAACACGUGUGUAUGAAUCAUGUGUGAUGGCGCGUAGUUGCUUGCAGAUUGUGAUGCUGGCAUUGCAUCUGGUUAUAUAUGGUAGAAAGAAUCACAUCUUGAGAAACAACAUAAUGGUCUAGUUACAUUUGGGAGAUUUUUUAUAUAUAUAUUUUGUGUGUAAGAAUUUGGGGGA